AACGACCAGCGUUAGGAGACGACGCUUACCCCUUAACGAACCAAACCAACCAACCAACCUUCCGCAUGGCGGAGAGUCCAAACUCCGAAAGAUCUUCUUGACCCGUUCCCUUCAUUUUCUCUCUCGCCUUCUUCUCCCAAUUCUCUCAUCUUCCAAUAUCUUCAAAAUCAUUUCUCCAUGUCUCCGCCGUUCAUCGUCGAUGGCGAUGUUUCCGCCGCCAACUCACCCUCUCCGCCGCUCAUCGGCCGGCUUGCUUCUGUGUACAGCGAGGUCCAGGCCAAUCGAAUCGAUCAACCUCUCCCUUUCCCCUCUGUUCUCGGAAAACUGUUCGACAUUGUCGAUGGCCCUCCCAGCUCCGCCGCCGGCAACCCGGCCGAGAUCGCGAAGCUGUUUCCUAAUCUGUUUGGCCAACCGUCGGCGAUGUUGGUGCCGAGCGAUUCCGGUGCGGUCAAGGUGGAUAAGAAAUUGAAGAUCGGAGUUGUCUUGUCUGGAGGCCAAGCACCUGGAGGGCAUAAUGUGAUUUCUGGACUAUUUGAUUACCUACAGGAUCAUGCAAAAGGAAGCACGUUGUAUGGUUUCAAGGGUGGUCCUGCAGGGAUCAUGAAAUGCAAAUAUGUAGAACUGACCGCACAAUUUAUCUAUCCAUAUCGAAAUCAGGGUGGUUUUGAUAUGAUUUGUAGUGGGAGGGACAAAAUUGAAACUCCAGAACAGUUUAAGCAAGCUGAAGAAACAGCUCAGAAGCUUGAUCUGGAUGGACUUGUUGUAAUUGGUGGAGAUGACUCCAAUACAAAUGCCUGCCUCCUCGCUGAAAACUUUAGGAGUAAAAAUUUGAAAACCAGAGUGAUCGGUUGCCCAAAGACUAUUGAUGGUGAUCUCAAGUGCAAAGAGGUCCCCACAAGUUUUGGAUUUGAUACUGCUUGCAAGAUAUAUGCAGAAAUGAUUGGCAAUGUGAUGGUUGAUGCUCGAUCAACAGGAAAAUAUUAUCACUUUGUAAGGCUUAUGGGUCGUGCUGCUUCUCACAUUACGCUAGAGUGUGCUUUGCAAACUCAUCCAAACAUUACUAUUAUUGGAGAAGAGGUUGCAGCUAAGAAGCUUACCCUGAAAAACGUUACAGACUAUAUCGUGGAUGUAGUAAUUAAACGUUCCAAGCUUGGUUAUAACUAUGGUGUCAUACUUAUUCCCGAGGGUCUGAUUGACUUCAUUCCUGAGGUUCAGCAACUUAUUGCGGAACUCAAUGAGAUUCUUGCCCAUGAUAUUAUAGACGAAGAUGGGAUAUGGAAAAGGAAACUUACAACUCAAUCUCAUCACCUUUUUGAUUUUUUCCCACCAGCAAUACAAGAACAAUUGUUGCUUGAAAGAGAUCCACAUGGCAAUGUCCAGGUUGCCAAAAUAGAAACUGAGAAAAUGCUUAUUCAAAUGGUUGAAACUGAGUUGGAAAAGAGGAAGCAAGAAGGUGCAUAUAAUGACGAAUUCAAGGGGCAGUCACACUUCUUUGGGUAUGAAGGGAGGUGUGGUUUACCCACAAACUUUGAUUCAACAUACUGCUAUGCUUUGGGUUACACUGCUGGAGCUCUCCUCCAAAGUGGAAAAACUGGACUAAUAUCUUCGGUAGGAAAUUUGGCUGCACCAGUCGAAGAUUGGACGGCUGGUGGAACCGCAUUGACUUCGUUAAUGGAUGUGGAGAGGAGGCACGGUAAGUUCAAGCCUGUGAUCAAGAAGGCAAUGGUGGAACUCGAUGGUGCACCUUUCAAGAAAUUUUCAUUGUUCAGAGACCAGUGGGCAGUUGAGAACCGCUACAUCAGUCCAGGUCCUAUUCAAUUUGUUGGUCCUGCAUCAAAUGUGCUUAAUCACACUUUGUUAUUGGAACUCGGGGCUCAGGCGUGAUCAUAUUUCUUAACUCGUGACGAUUUUCUGUCCACGACGCAAAAAUAGAAGAAAAGAACUGUGUUGAAUGUUUCCUUUGGGUGUCAAUAAUGCUUCUUCUUAUUGCCUAUUGGAACUCUAUUUACAGGCUUACAGUAGGUUUAUUGAAUAAAAAGGGAAAUGAUAGACCAAUUGUAAUAAGAUAGAUCCUUUAGAAUCAACAGUAGAUUUUAGAACUUGUUUUUGUUCUGUGUAACAAAGUUCUAAAACAUACCAUUUGGAUUAAUUUUGUUGCAGAAUGAUCUUUGAAA